AUGGAUAUUUGGGAGUUUGGUGAUGAACUUGGUCGGAUGACAAAGGUCAGAAAUAUGAUGGCCACGGCCGGGAGAACGUCCAACAACCGGGUGGAGAACCUUUGCCCUUUGGAAACAACCAACUCCACUGCGGGCCGGAUUAGCUCCGACGGUUCUCGUCUUCCCACCGAAGGCAUGACCAAACGAAAGCGAUCCAAGCGCUAUCCCCGCAUGUUCGACCACCCACCCACGGAGGAAGAACACCUCGCCUACUGCCUCCUCUUGCUCUCCCGCGACACCGGCUCCUCCGCCGCGAUCAACCUCCGCUCUCAUUUUCUUCCGCCGAAUCUCGAACGCAAGUGUUCCGAAUGCGGAAAGACCUUCCCAUCCUACCAAGCCCUAGGCGGCCACAAAGCAAGCCACCGGAAACCCGAUUCCCUUGCCGCCGUCGCCCAGGUAGACGAUCACAUCUCCGUGGGAUCUCCUUCAACCUCAAUCGCCGGCGGGAAGAUCCACCAGUGCCUGAUUUGCCUCAAGGCAUUUCCAACUGGGCAGGCACUUGGAGGACACAAAAGAUGCCAUUACGACGGUACUAUUGGAAGCGCUGCCGGCUAUGGAUCCAGCGGAAGCGCGGCGACUUCAUGGGUGUCGGAGGUGAGGAGCGCCGGAAUUCGUAGGUUUGACUUGAAUGUGCCGCCGGUGCUGGAUUUCGGCGUUGAGAGCAAGCGGCGAUGGUGGGCGUUAGAUGAUGAGGAUGAGGUGCAAAGCCCUAUUUCGUAUAAGAGACCGCGUCUUCCCGUCACAGCUACUUAG